AUGGCUUUGGGAUAUGGUUCGACGACAAACGAAAACACGUAUAGCUUCCACAAGUCACCAUCUCCGUUUACUUCCUCACCUUCGCCAACUCUACGCGAAUCUAUUGUGAUCAUACUUAAAUCUUCGUGGAUCAAUUAUUUUCUGAUCUUUGUACCGCUCGGAUAUAUAUCUCACAUAUUUCAAUGGAGCGAUAAUUGGGUCUUCGUUCUAAAUUUUUUAGCUAUACUUCCACUAUCAAAACUAUAUGAAUUUGCAACUGUAGAUAUUAGUCUGAGAGUUGGCCAGUCAAUUGGUUGCCUGUUAAAUGCUACUUUUGGCAAUGCGGUAGAGUUGAUUAUUUCCAUAAUAGCAUUGACGCAGGGAGAAAUUCGCGUGGUUCAAGCAUCGAUACUUGGUGCGAUUAUCUCAAAUUUAUUGUUUGUGACAGGAAUAUGUUUUGUUGUAGGUGGAACAUUUUACAAACAACAAGUGUUUAAUCAGACUACUUCCCAAACAACCUCAAGUUUAAUGACUUUAGCGUGUAUUGGCUUGGUCGUUCCCGCAGCUUUUACCAUCUCUGUUAAUGACAAUUUAAACACUGUUGGCGGUCAAAUCAUCAAAGAACUUGUAGAUUUAUCUCAUGGGACGGCGAUAGUCCUAUUGUUGAUCUAUAUUCUUUAUCUUUACUUUCAAUUAAAAACCCACGCGAAUUUAUACCACAUGGAAGAAGAAGAGGAGGAGGCUCAAUUGUCUCUGAGUGUAUUGUUGUCAUUAUUUGUUGCUGUAACCGUUGUAGUGGCUUUUCUUUCCGAAUAUUUGGUUGGAUCGAUUGAAGGAAUUGUUCAAUCUUCUGGAUUAAGCAAAACCUUCAUCGGUAUGGUUUUAUUACCUAUUAUUGGUAAUGCUGCCGAGUUUACGACGUCUAUCAAUGCCGCGGCAAGAAAUAAGAUGGAUUUUGCUAUCAGAAUUGCAUCUGGUAGUUCAAUGCAAAUCGCACUUUUUAUUACACCAAUCCUUGUGUUGUUUGGGUGGACAAUAGGACAAGAUUUCACCUUACACUUCCAGUUAUUCGAAACUGUUGUUUUCUUCAUUUCAGUUUUGAUAACGAACUAUCUCAUUCUGGAUGGAAAAUCCAAUUGGUUGGAAGGUGCCAUGUUGCUAGCCACAUACGCCAUCAUAGCUUUAUCUUUCUUCCAUUAUCCCACUAAAUGA